AUGUCCAUGAACUUUUUUGCGGACUUGGAGGAAGCGGCCGCCAAGGCGGGCACACCGAAACGCGAGUCGUUUUUUGGGCCGACAGUUGAGCUGCAUCCUUGGUAUAUGGACCCUCAUAGGAUCUCAGGCCGCGAAAAGCGCGCAUCUGACGCCCAAAAGGAAUUAUCUCGGUAUGUUUUAUCCCCUAACCCCAGCCGACAAGACGAGGCGCGUAAGCAGCGCGAAGAUCCUCUGGCUCACAUGCCACGCUCUUCGCGUCCCAUCCAGUAUGCCCCCUCUCCGUCGGCCACUCUGUCCGAGGAGCCGCGUUUUUUCGACGGCGGGCUCGUGCAGAGCGCGCAGCACGAGUCCAUCGCGCUUCCUGAUGCCGCGCCUCGUCGCGUCUUUCGUGGCGAGUCCAUGUAUGUCGAGCUACUGCAGGAUAUGAUUUGCACAGUUCUCGCCGGCGAAUCUCACUUAUUCACGCCCCGAGAACAGGCAAGCCUCUCGGCCUUUUUUACCAUGCCAUACGAUGCACGUUACCUUUUCGCUCGUCUUCUCCAGCGCAAACGCGAUCAGUGGUAUCGCCUUGAUAAGCUCGAGUACCGUGACGACGUACAGGAUCUCGCUCAGGCAGCACACAACCUGUGUACGCCCUUUGCUGCACCGCUUCCCGCACCUCCUGCGUCAUGGGAGGAGGCAGAACUCUAUCGCUUUGCAAUGAUGGAUGCGGAAAUGGACGGCGGACUCCCCGCUAGGCUCGAGCUGCUUACAGUCGAUGAGCUCAAAACUCUGGCGAAACAGCUGGGUCGCCGGGUCGCUCGCUCCACGCGCGCUGCACUCCUGGACGCGCUGCUAGCCAAGCCUACCAAUGCGACGCUGUGCUUUCAGGCUGAUCGACUGGGCCUACAGAUGCAGUCGACGUCGGAGCGACUAGAGCAGGCUAUGGCGGUGCUCAUGCAGGGUGGAUGCCUCCGGCUCGUGCCGGCUGCUACACAUCUGCUGGACCGUGUGGCACUUGUAUACUAUCGUGGUCUUCCCGUGCUGGGAUCGAUGCUCACGUCGGCCAUCUUACAGCGUACACGUAAGUACCACUUUCCUUCCUACACGGUCCAGCGUACGCCGGACCUGUUUCCCGACCGCGCACAGCUCUUGUCGUUUGAGAGGGCGUGUGCCAAGGCGGAGGAGGCCGACCAGUUUGUCGAGGCUUGGCGUAUGAACCUUGAUGCAGCUCGUGCAUGUGCGCAGCUGUUGUUCGAUUGUGAGGCGACAUGGCAGGACGCACUGAGCCAAGUGCGGGCUCUCUGGCCAGAGGGUGUUCCGUCUUCGCAGUAUGCGCGUAUGCGCUUUCACGCUGGCUGGCCGCUAACGCGCGUUCUCUUUAAAGGAUGCGAAGCUCUCGCACGUCUUGGACGGCAUGAGCAGGAGGCUGUGGUACUGCAGCAGUUAUUAGCACAGCGCUAUUUCUGGCGCGGUCGCCGCGGCGCAUGGCACGAGCGUUUAUCUGUGAUUGCUGCGCGACAUGGGCGUAAAAAUGAGGCCCUACAGCGAUGCCUCGAGGCGCUCAACGACCCCGAUACCCCGUGGGCCUACAUGGCCCGAUUGCAGCGGCGUGUGGAACGACUCGAGUCGCAGCUCAAACUCCCACUGCCUUCGCGCCACUUUUUCGAGCGACUGCGAUCUCCCACGCAAGUGUCAUGGGUCGGCGUGCGGUGGGUCGACACGAAUGCCGAGCCGUGCGACACACCUUCGGGUACGCAAGUGCGUACGCGCUGGCGAGCCGACAAUGGAAGCGCCUGCAGUGUCGAGGAGCUGUGCCUUGAGCGGUAUGCACAGCAAGGUUUUCGUGGUUUUCACUGCGAGGGCGACCUGGUGUUCUUUCUAUACGUGUUGCUUAUGUGGGACGUGCUUUUCGCGCCAGUACCUGGGGCGUUUGAAACGCCGUACCAGCGGGCACCGCUCGAUGUGGAUACGGAUGCAUUUUUAUUUGCUCGGCGGCCUAUAAUGGAGAAGCAGCUCGAACGGAUUGAGCGGACAGGAGGUCUGGAUAUCAUACAGAGUGUGGAUGCGCGUGAGCGCCCGCUGCAAACGUAUGCACAGGGCUGCCGGUGGGACAUGUUUUCCACCGAUGUGUUACAGGAGGUAGCCCUGUGCCUCGGCGGCCGUGCCCUCGCUGUCCUAUGCCGAGUAAUAUGUGAGGAGGGGGGUGGGCGUCCGCGGGGAUUUCCGGAUUUGAGUUUGUGGCGGUACAGCGACAGACAAGUGCGGUUCGUCGAGGUAAAGAGUCCGAACGAUCGUCUGAGUGAGUCGCAGAAGGUGUGGAUCGACGCGCUCCUGCGUGCCGGUAUCCAUGUAGAGCUUGCCAAGGUGCAUGAUGGGUAA